AUGGCCACGCCAUCCAAACAAAGCGGCACGCUCGAUCGCGUCGCAAGCAUGACCAGCCGAGUGUUCUCGAGCUCUCUACCCAGCACGUCUCCGAUCGUGGAAGAAUCUCUGGCGCGAGACAUCGCCGAGGACGAGUCCGACGCCGCGAUCUCGGAGGACGAGGAAUCCGAGAGUUCGACUUUACGUCCCUCUACUUCUGCCCCUGGCGGAGGAGCAUACUCGUUUGUGGGAUCGUACCGGAGACCCAGCUUUGCAGGAGCAGGAAAUAGAGCCACCGUGCUCCCACAAAUAGUGCGGGAUCAUGACCGAUUGUCGAAAGAAGAGAGGAAACAAGCAUUGGAAGAGGAGCGAAGUCUCCUUCGGGACAAUAACAUCAUCCCACCCAAACAUCCCCAGGCCGAAGACAGUGGGCGGAAAAGGAGCUUGUUCGGCAACUACCUGUCUAUUCCUGGCGGCGACCGCAAGGUUAGUCGAGAUGAAGAGGCUGCCUCAGGAUCAGACGGUGUCGUCGACGUCGCUUCUGAAGUUUCUCCUUUACUGGGAGACCCCAACUUGCCUUAUGGCGGACACGACGACCCUGACAGUAUCAAUGCGAAAUGGGAAGAGGCGGUGGCCGCCGGCAAGAUCCACACCACAUGGCAACGCGAGGCGAAAGUGAUCGCGCGCUACUCUGCACCACUGAUGGUGACAUUUUUGCUGCAGUAUUCCUUGACCGUGGCCAGUAUCUUCACCGUCGGCCACAUCGGGACGAUCGAGCUGGGCGCUGUGAGCCUGGCGUCCAUGUCGGCCAACAUCACCGGCUAUGCAAUCUACCAGGGUCUCGCGACGUCUCUCGACACGCUCUGUGCGCAGGCGUACGGGUCCGGACGCAAGAAGCUGGUCGGCCUGCAGAUGCAGCGAAUGGUUGUUUUCCUCUGGACGAUUUCCAUCCCGAUCGCCGUCAUCUGGAUCCUCGCCGAGAACAUUCUCAUGGUGAUUGUACCCGAGCCCGCGGUGGCCAGACUUGCCGGACAAUACCUGAGAGUCGUGUUGCUGGGGGCUCCGGGGUACGCGGCGUUCGAAGCAGGGAAACGGUACGUGCAGGCCCAAGGCUUGUUCUCGGCGUCGCUGUACGUGCUGCUGAUCUGCGCCCCGUUCAACGCAUUCCUGAACUGGCUGUUUGUGUGGAAGUUCAAAUGGGGCUUUAUCGGCGCCCCCAUCGCAGUCGCCAUCACCGACAACCUGCUCCCGCUGGGCCUCUUCGUCUACGUGCGGUUCUGCUCCAAGACCGGCAUGUCGUGCUGGAACGGCUUCACCAGGAAGGCGUGGCAGAACUGGGGCCCGAUGGUCAAACUGGCGCUGCCGGGCGUCGUGAUGAUCGAGGCCGAGGUGCUGGCGUUCGAAGUGCUGACCUUCGCCUCGUCGUACUUCGGCACCACCGUGCUGGCGGCGCAGUCGGUGCUGGCCACGCUGACGUCCAUGACCUUCCAGAUCCCCUUCCCGCUGUCCAUCGCGGGCUCGACGCGCGUGGCCAACCUCAUCGGCGCCACGCUCGCCGACGCCGCCCGCGUCAGCACCCGCGUCACCUUCACCGCCGCCUUCUUCGUCGGCAUCAUGAACGUCACCCUCCUGUCCACGCUCAAGGACUACAUCCCGCGCCUGUUCACGUCCGACCCGGAAGUCGUGCGCGUCGUCUCCGCCAUCCUGCCGCUCUGCGCCGCCUUCCAGCUCUUCGACGCCCUCGCGGCCAACUGCAACGGCAUCCUGCGCGGCCUCGGCCGCCAGGAGGUCGGCGGCUACGUCCAGCUGUUCUGCUACUAUGUCAUCGCCAUGCCCAUCAGUUUCGGCACCGCGUUUGGCCUGGGCUGGGGCCUUUGGGGCCUGUGGACCGGCGUCGCCAUCGCCUUGGGCCUGGUCGCCGUCAUCGAGUUCACCUAUCUCUACCGUACGGAUUGGCAGCGCAGCGUCGACGAGGCUCGGGCCAGGAACCAGGAAGGCGGUUUGUGA